AUGGCAUUCAUUGAUGAUGAAAAAAACUAUUUGCGCUUAUUAAAUAUUGUGAAUAGCUCAAUAGCAACCAUAAAAUUUUCUCAGAGAUUUAAUCAUUAUUUUGAAUUGUAUGUUCGAAAUAGCUCGCUGAAUUCGACGUCAUCAUUUCAGAUUAGAAAGCUUUUGGGAAGCAAAGCAAAUAUAAUAGAGAGUAAGGGUUUUCCGAAUCUCAUCAAAAGAUUUCAUCACCUGGUUGUUAACUUCAGUUUCUGCAAUUUAACCGAACUACCAAAUUUUUAUGUCGAAACAAUCACUUUCGAUCUUCGUCAAAACAAGUUAAGGAAUUGUAGCAUUCUGUUUUUCACGCAAAUUUUACACCUACAAUAUAAUGAAUUUGAAUCAGUUAAUGUAUUUGUUGAUACAAGGCAAUCCGAGGCUCGCCUACAAUACCUAGACCUUUCCUAUAAUAAAAUUGGUAAGAUAGGAAGAAACGAUCUUGCACAUUUACCUAAUCUUCUCUAUCUUAAGCUAAAUAAAAAUUUCAUCGCAUUUAUUGACGAACACGCGUUUUCAAAAAUGCCUAAACUUCUUCAAUUGGAAUUAUCAAAUAAUCAUUUACAUUCCUUAAACAGAAAUCAUUUCUUGCGUCUUUCUAGUUUGCAAUUCCUUGACCUUCAAAACAACAACUUGAAUGUGGUAGAGGGAUUGUUUGAUGGUCUCGUUAGUAUUCAGUUCCUGUCAGUGGAUUACUUUACGUUAUGUUGUGCCCAACCUAAAGUUAGGGGUAAGGUUCAGUGUUUGGCUCCAAUAAACCGAGUUUCCUCAUGCGAGAACUUAAUUGACACACCAUUUCUCGGUAUCCUUAUCUGGUACAUAGCACUUUUGGCGGUGUUGGGAAACUCUCUUGCUACUUUUUAUAGGUUGUAUGUUCUGAGGAGGUCCCCCGUCUCAUCAUUUGUCAUUUAUUCCAUUAAUUUGGGUGUGGCAGACUUUCUGAUGGGUGUGUAUGUCUACAUAAUUGCGGGGGCUAACGUGACGUUCACUGGCCGUUAUGGAUAUGCAGAUAAGUGGUGGAGACAUAGUCCACUCUGCACUUUGGCCGGUGUUAUAGCCACUCUCUCUAGCGAAGCAUCUGCUCUGUUUGUCCUUUUGAUCACAAUUGAUAGAAUUUACAUCAUAAGAUUUCCAUUUUCAAACAUUAAGGGGAAAAAGUUAAGACCAAACCUUCUUUCCAUCUUUGUGUGGUUCACUGCUAUCCUUCUUGCUUCACUGCCUUUAUUUGGAACUGAUUACUUCGAUGACUAUUAUUCGGGCUCUGGUAUUUGUAUCUCUUUACCUCUUUCUGUUCAGCGUAAAACGGCUUGGGAGUACUCUAUGGCAGUCUUUGUUGGGGCCAACUUCUUGAUCUUCGUAGCAAUAUUAGUAGGACAAAUAGUAAUAUUUAGUGACGUGGUAAACGCCGGAAAACAUCUGCAAAUCAACAAGAGCACUGAAAAACGACGGGAGAUUGCAUUGGCUAAGACUUUGAUUGCAGUAGCAGUGACAGACAUGUUUUGUUGGAUACCAAUAGGAGUGAUUGGCCUGCUGACGUUCCUAGGUGUUGAUGUCACCUCAAAGGUCUAUGCCUGGGUGGUGGUGGUGGUUUUACCUAUAAAUUCGGCACUGAAUCCCCUAAUCUACACAUUUUCUGCCAUAAUAAGAUUAGGAAGAAAUAAGAUGCGAUUGAAAUCAGAGAAAUGUCAGAAUUGGAAAACACAAGAUGAAUUCACACUGGAAGAAAAAGCUGAGGUAAAUCAUGGAGCUGAAAAAGAUGCAGAGAUUUUCAAAGAAAGCUAGACAGUGAAAAAAUGACGUACACGUGAAAAGCAUGAUGAUUAGUAGUCUGAAACGCAUUUCAUUUAACGUC